AUGAGCGCCGCUCAACGACAAGAAAAAGAUGAAAUAGAUGCGGAAUGUAAAUUUAUUGAUCUUGUUCAUUAUUGUCGAGAUAACCGUAUUCAUUUUGUUGAUGAUAGUUUUAUACCAUCCACUUGUUCAAUAAAUAGCGAUUCAACAAAUCCAUCUACUUAUGAAUGGUUACGAAUUCGUGACAUAUCCUCAUCUCAAAAUGACUCAGAAAUACCAUGGACAGUCAUGUCGAAUCCACACCCGAAUGACAUCGAACAAGGUGCAUUGGGUAAUUGUUGGUUUAUGGCAGCAUUAUCACUCAUUACAGAACGACCGCGCAUGUUGUCUCACAUUUUGCUAACAUCGACUGUGAAUGAAGAGGGCAUUUAUUUAGUACGCAUAUGUCACAAUGGUUGGUGGAAAAUAGUCAUACUCGAUGAUUGUUUUCCUUGUACGGCAAGCAAACAACUUGUAUAUGCAAAGGCUAGACGUCGACAAUUGUUUGUUCCUUUAGUUGAAAAAGCAUGUGCAAAAGUUUGGGGUUCUUAUGCCAGUGUGAUUGGUGGUUUUAUGACUGAAUCAUUGCAACUUUUAACAGGAGCACCUUCCGAACAGAUUGCAAUACAAACAUCAACCGAUGAUGAUGACGAUAACUUUGAUUUACUCUGGACAAAAAUUAUAUCAGCAUGCACAGCCAAUCUUCUAAUGGGUGCAGACACACCAAAUACGAAUGUACCAGAUGAAGAAUAUACUCGUAUUCAUUUAGCCAAAAAUCAUGUAUUUUCAGUUCUUGCAUAUUAUGUUUCGUCGCAGACAGAACGAUUUCUUUUUAUCAGAAAUCCUCAUGGUAGUUCGAAAUAUACAGAUGAUUCAAUAUCAACCAAAAUACGUGAAGAACUUCACUCUACUAAACAAGCUGAAGCAGCAAAUGGUACCUUUUGGAUGUCCUGGAUAGCAUUUCAAAAAUACUUCGGUCGGUUAACCAUAUGCGCAUAUCGUGAUGAUCUUUUCGAUGUGCGAUUUGAAGGUGAAUUUACUCGACAUGCUGCUCAAACAAUACAAUCGUAUUAUUUUCGUUUGGAAAGAUCGUCAACGAUAACAGUGGGUCUUUUUCAUCAGCAUUCAAAUCGACAACAACACAACAUUCACCAUACACAAGCGUUUGUACUCUGUGAUAUUGCUAAUAAUCAAAUUGGACAACAACGAACUUUUCUAUGCGGUAUUAGGUCGAAGUAUAACGAAUGGACAGAGACAUUAUCAGCAGGUGCAUACAUACUUAUUCCAUUUUCCACUUCUUAUUGGCAUCAAGAAAGAAAACAGGAUGAUGAAAUCAAAUAUACAUUAGUCAUUCAUUCAUUAAUUCAAUUGGAUGUAAUGGCUACUGAAGAUUUAGGCAAAGUAUUAGCGGAUUGUCUCAUUGCUUAUGCCAUGCAACAUCAUAAAAAUGCUUUACGUUUUAUCGUUGGUGAAAAUAUGUCGACGACUGGCACAUUUAAUGUUACUAUUAAUACAUCAACUUCAUUGAAUAUUCGACAUUCUCGCAAUUCAAUGAUCACUUUCGAUUCAAUUCCGACACAACAUCGUCAACUUCACUGUCUAUGCGAAUAUAUUUCUGUAGAAAAUCAAUCAGCGAAAGUUAAAUAUACAUGGUCAUAUACACAUACCAAUGCUGAACAACGAACAUCAGAACCUACAAUUAACAGAGCCGAUGAUAUACAUGCUCCGCGACCUAUUCUCUUACAAUAA